AAAAAAAAAAAAACCAAAACAUUGACUGGACGAGUGCACCAUUAUAACGGCAAUGCUAAACGCCAAAAUACAAUUUUUAAUUACGCACAGCUGCAGCAGUUAUCCGUGGUAGUCGAAUUCGCUGACCUUUUUCCAGCCUUUCCUCGUGUAAGAAGCAACGUCAAUCCAAACGACGUUCAAAAUCGCGGUCAAAGUCUUUACCAACUACUCGGGCUGCUUUUGUAUCCAUCGUUUGACUAUAUUCAAUCGAAUUUAUGUUUAUGCGACACUCUGCAAAUAGUACAUGUAUUUAAAAUGGCAAACCCAAACAAACAUAUUUGCAAAUUACAAGAAUUUGCUGCACAUAAUGCAAAUGUUACUUGUUUGGCUCUUGGUCAAAAGAGUGGAUUAGUAUUAGCUACUGGUGGUGCAGAUAACAAAGUAAACUUGUGGAAAGUUGACAGUGAAACAUGUUUUAUGAGCUUAUGUGGUCAUGUAACUCCAAUUGAAUGUGUACAAUUUGAUCCAUCUGAAUAUUUAGUGGGUGCCGGUAGCCAAACAGGCGGAUUAAAAGUAUGGGACUUAACUAAAGGAAAAAAGGUUAAAACAUUUAGUGGACAUAAGUCAGCUGUUACAAAAUUAGAUUUUUUUCCUUUUGCUUCAUCUUCAUAUUUUGUAACGGGUUCAAAAGAUACCAAUGUUAAGUUGUGGGAUUAUCGAUAUUCACAUUGUAUAGGAAUGUAUAAAGGUCAUGAAGCAUCUAUAUCUAGUUUAAAGUACAGUCCAGAUGGUUUAUGGAUUGCUUCUGGAGAUGAAGAUGGAUGUGUUAAGAUAUGGGAUUUGAGAGUUGGACGCAUGAUACAUGUUUUUGAUAAACUACAUAAAGGAGCUGUAACAUCAAUUCAAUUUCAUCCAUUAGUCUUUUUAUUAGCUAGUAGUGGUACAGAUAAUAAAAUUAAUAUAUUAGAUUUGGAGCGAUUUAGUAUUAUUUCUCAAAUAGAUACAGAAAAAUCUAUAAUUAGAUGUUUACAAUUUAAUGACAAAGGAGAUGUUCUAUAUGGAGGUGGUAAUGAUUACCUUGGGGUAUAUGGUGUAGAACCAACCAGAGUAUGUGAUUCAGUGGUUGUAAAAUGGGGAAAUAUGAACGAGUUAGUCGUAAAAGAUAAUCGAAUUGUCGGUGCUUCACAUUUAUUGACAGAUGUUUCAACAUGGUUAAUAAAUUUACCUGAAGAAUAUCCGUUUAAAAAUCAAUUUUCACCACCUGAUAAGUCAUCAAAGACUAAUACAAUGUUUACAAGAGAUACUGGUGUUCGAAAAAGUUUUAAUAAACAGAAAACACGAGAAAUGAUUAAACCUAAAACUAAUAUGAAAUUAAUUGAUGAAAGCGAAACUGAUUUUGAUGAUGAAAAUCAAACUGUAAUUAAUAACGUUCAUGAUUACCAUUCAGUGUUCAAGCCAAAUAGAACUUCAUUUAAACCAAGUAGAAUAUUAAAUAGAAGUCCACCUCCAUUUUCACCGUUAUCUGAAGAUGAUAAUUCCAAUAAUUUAUUUACUGCUGAAGCAAAUAGAAAUCAAUCAAUUUCUGCAAAAUUAGAGGAAAAAAAACAUAGCAUUGACCUCUCUCAAGGAUUAAUGCAAAACAGUUAUUCAGAAGCUGAAACUUCAUCUGUGGAUUCUACUCCUUGCGAUUCAUUUCAGUUACCUCAGUUUGAGAGUUCUGGUGAUUACCAUACUCCUGAUUUACCAACUCCUAUAUCAACACCUGAUAGUGUUGAGAUAUCUGAAAAAAGACAUAAUCCUUAUAUAACAUCGUCAGUUUCAAUGCGUAGUGUAUCUUCUAAUGUAGUUAAUGAAAGCUUAACUAAACGUCCAUCAUCUUUACCAGUCUUUAGACAAAAUGAUCAUUUUGCUUAUGGACAUAAGUACACAUCACCUCAAUCUCAAAGAAAAAUAAUCCCAGAUGAAAUUACAUCAUUGCCUCAACAUAAACGGCUGUUGGCUGAUGAUUUCUUAGUUACACCGGAACAUAAAAAGACUGAUAUCAUCUCAAAGAAAUUUGAACUUCCCCUAGAUGAUUUUGGGGAUUUAAAAAAUGUUUGUAGAAAUAGUUUAAAUAAUAUCAUGUAUGAUGAAGAAGAUAUAGUAGAAAUUCUUUCAAAAAAUCAUAAGUCUACCAUGAGUGUGCUCAAGGAAAGACAACGUUAUCUUAAUAUUAUACAGACGUUAUGGACUAACAAAAAUUUUAAGAGUGCUGUGAAUUCAGCUGUUUCUAUGAAUGAUGAUGCUGUCAUAUCAGAUCUCAUUUCUAUUAUUACACAACGCCCAAAUCUUUGGUGUCUAGAUGUUUGCAGUAUGCUUCUUCCUUCAAUAUCAGAUUUGAUUCAAAGUGGCAAUGAAGCAUUCAUAAAUGUGAGUUUCAAAGCCAUAAGAGACAUACUGCAGUAUUUUAUGCCAGUCAUAAAGACUAAUAUACAAAGACCACCUUCUGCAAUAGGUGUUGAUAUAAUGCAAGAAGAAAGAUACAACAAAUGUCGCAAGUGUCAAAACAUACUUAUGGAUAUUAGGUCAUUUGUACUGAAGAGGCAAACAGUCCAGGGUAACUUGGGCAAUGUGUUCAGACAGCUACAUAUGCUUUUACAAACAAUAGACAUCUAAAUGGCAGAGAUAAUAUGCAAAUGUGCCUUACUCCGCUAAAGAGACAGUUAAUAAGAUGCACUGAACGUGUGGCGAACCCUGUUUAUUGUGCAUCUGACAACACAUUAUUAUUAUUAGUUUUUUUUUUAUUUAUAAUUUUUAAGUCUUAUCAAACUGUUGUCAAUGAGUAGUAUUUUUUGAAUGAAUAAUUUGUUAAUUUUUUUUCAAACGUUAAUUUUUAUAACAUUUUUAAUAUUUUUUCCCAAUCAUAAUAACUUAGUAUAACUAACACACAAUGUACUUUUCAAUUUUUUGAGCCCAUUCAAUUUAUGUUAUAUAGGUACUUAGUUUAUAAAAGGCGUUAAGAACUGUAUACUAACAACAAUUUCCAAACCUAUGUGAUACAGAGGUAGUGCACAUAAAAUAAUUAUAAUAAUAUUAGGAAGCUCUUUCUAUUUUAACCACAUAGUUUUAUAGUAUAAUAUGUAAAUCAAGUUCUGUAGACAAUGUAUGUGUUAAACUAUUCCAUUAGAUCAUUGUCUUCUUCAUUUUUACUUUUUACCUUUUCAGAAAAGUUUUAAACAUGAAUUAUGAUUAAAAACAAUAAUACAACAAUAAAUAUAACUGCUGUAAUGGCUUGCAUUCUAAAACAGCUAAUAUAUUAUAUUAUAA